GUGCAAGUGCAUCUGCCAGCUCCGAAAUGAACGCCCUUUUCGCACUGCUACUAGUUGUUGUGGUGGCCACCAGUGCCGCGCCGGCUCCCGCCGACAGCGAUGCCCAGGCCGCGAUCGUCAGUCAAACGUCGGACGUGCAGCCAGACGGCAGCUUCAACUAUGCGUACGAAUCGGCGAACGGAAUCAAGGUUGAAGACCAGGGAACCAUCAAGUCGAUCAAGGUACCGAAGCUGGACGAAACUGGGCGCCAGAUCGGCGAUGAAGAAGUGCUGGUGUCCGUGCAAACCGGCUCGUACCAGUACACGGCCCCGGACGGACAGCUCUACACGCUUAGAUACGUUGCCGACGAGAACGGUUUCCGGCCGCAGGGAGAUCACCUUCCGGUGGCACAGAAUGCGUAACACACCCGACUCGUCACAGGACCCCCCACCCCAUCCUUCGUCUAGUCUCCAGGGCGAUGAUGCGUUCCCUACCUACAGGAUACUCCGAUCGCCCCCAUGUACAUGAUGUGA